UAUGGAUCUUCGAAUUAUCAUUUCGAAACCGAUGAUUUAUAUUGUGUUUCCAUUGGAGGAGAUUGUUGACUUCAUAUUGGAACAAACUAGCGAUGGUAGUUGGGUUAGCGAUUUAGGCCUGAGCAUUCAAGUUGACUUGUUUAAAGUACUUUUGGAUGGGCGAUACGCGAUAGCGGCCGAAUUAGAUAUGGGAGAAUUACAAAAAUUUAAGAAUCAAAUAAUAGAAAUAGUUAAACGCUUUCGAGAACUGGAAGGCGGUAAUAAGCUUAUUUACGUUCCAAUGAACUACUUCAAGUUUGUUUUGGAUAAUCUCGUCUUGGUCGAGAAGAAGUAUGCAGUUCAAGUAACACCAUUUGAUUUGAUGAAAGACAAUAAAUUUUAUAUAGAGGGCGAGAAGGAUCAAACUCAAAAAGCUGCUAACUAUAUUCGAACUUUGAUCAAUCAGGAUAUGAAAGCUAAUCGAACUGAUCGCGUCGAAGAUUAA